AUAAACCACUUGCCGACCCGCCCCACGCUUUCCAUUCGUGAGGCGGCAUCAGUCCCGUCCCAUCAGUCCCGACCUGUUCCACCCAGAGAUGCCAGCACCUCCGUCAGGCACGACGACGGGCAGUCCUCGUUCAGAUGUGGGCCGCUGGGGAGGGAAUCCCUGGCAGCCCCUCAUGACACCUUCUCCAGAGCCGGAGCCAGAGCCAGACAGACAUGCUCGCCAAAGGGGCCGCCCCUUCUGGGCUCGCUGCUGUGGCUGCUGCUCGUGCCAGAAUACAAUAGAUGAAGACUGGGGGCCUGAGCCCGGUGGAGACCACGGGUCUAACUCCAGGCCUCGAAGGCCCAGCCCCAGGGAUCGAAGACCCGACUCCGGGGGUCGAAGACCCGACUCCGGGGGUCGAAGACCCGACUCCCGGGGUCGAAGACCCGACUCCCCGGCUCGAAGACCCGACUCCCCGGCUCGAAGACCCGACUCCCUGGGCAGCACUGUGAACACAGGUAGAGAUGGCACCAUCCAAGAGGGAAAGCUGGUGGUGACUGGUGUGGAUCUGCUGAGUUCACCCUCGGACCAGAAUCGCCAAGAGCACCACACGGACGAGUUCGAGUACAAUGAGCUGAUUAUCCGCCGUGGGCAGCCUUUCCACAUGGUCCUCUUCCUGUCUCGUCCCUAUGAGUCGUCCGAUCAUGUCACCCUGGAGCUGUUCAUCGGAAACAACCCUGAGGUGGGCAAGGGCACCCACGUGAUCAUCCCAGUGGGCCAGGGGGGCAAUGGAGGCUGGAACGCCCAGGUGACCAAGUCCAGCGGGAAGAAUCUGAACCUACAGGUCCACACCUCCCCCAACGCCAUCAUUGGCAAGUUUCAGUUCACGGUCCGCACACGCUCAGAAGCUGGCGAGUUCCAGUUGCCCUUUGACCCCUGCAAUGAGAUCUACAUCCUCUUCAAUCCCUGGUGCCCAGAGGACAUCGUGUAUGUGGACCGUGAGGACUGGCGGCAGGAGUACGUGCUUAAUGAGUGUGGGAGAAUUUACUAUGGGACCGAAGCACAGAUUGGCGAGCGGACCUGGAACUACGGCCAGUUUGACCACGGGGUGCUGGAUGCCUGCUUUUACAUCCUGGACCGGCGGGGCAUGCCAUACGGAGGUCGCAGGGACCCCAUCAGUAUCUGCCGGGUCGUCUCCGCCAUGGUAAACUCCUUGGAUGACAAUGGCAUCCUGAUUGGGAACUGGUCUGGAGAGUAUUCCCGCGGCACAAAUCCAUCGGCGUGGGUGGGCAGCGUGGAGAUUCUACUCAACUACCUACGCACCGGCUUCUCUGUCCCUUACGGCCAGUGCUGGGUUUUCGCCGGUGUGACCACUACAGUGCUGCGCUGCCUAGGCCUGGCCACCCGCACCAUCACCAACUUCAAUUCCGCGCAUGACACAGACACGUCCCUCACCAUGGACAUCUACUUUGACGAGAACAUGAAGCCACUCGAGCACCUGAACCAUGAUUCCGUCUGGAACUUCCACGUGUGGAACGACUGUUGGAUGAAGAGGCCGGAUCUGCCCCCAGGCUUCGAUGGAUGGCAGGUUGUGGACGCCACACCCCAGGAGACCAGCAGCGGCAUCUUCUGCUGUGGCCCCUGCUCUGUGGAGUCCAUCAAGAACGGCCUGGUCUACAUGAAGUAUGACACACCCUUCAUUUUUGCUGAGGUGAACAGUGACAAGAUCUACUGGCAGCGGCAAAGUGAUGGCAGCUUCAAGAUCGUGUACGUGGAGGAGAAAGCCAUCGGCUCGCUCGUCGUCACGAAGGCCGUCGGCUCCAACAUGCGGGAAGAGGUCUCCCACAUCUAUAAGCACCCAGAAGGCUCAGAAGCAGAGCGGAAGGCAGUGGAGACCGCAGCCGCCCACGGCAGCAAACCCAACGUGUACGCCAUCCGGGACUCGGCUGAGGAUGUGGCCCUGAAGGUGGAGGCACAGGACGCAGUGAUGGGGCAGGACCUGACCAUCUGCGUGGUGCUGACCAACUGCGGCAGCAGCCCCCGGACUGUGAAGCUGCACCUCUACCUCUCCGUUACCUUCUAUACCGGCGUCUCUGGGUCUGUCUUCAAGGAAAGCAAGAAGGAAGUGGUGCUGGCGCCGGGGGCCUCGGAGCGCACGGCCAUGCCCGUGGCCUACAAGGAGUACCGGGUCCACCUCGUGGACCAGGGGGCCAUGCUGCUCAACGUCUCGGGCCACGUCGAGGAGAACACGCAGGUGCUGGCCAAGCAGCACACCUUCCGUCUGCGCACCCCGGACCUCACCCUCACGUUACUGCGAGCAGCCGUGGUUGGCCAGGAUUGCGAGGUCCAGAUUGUCUUCCAGAACCCCCUGCCUAUCACCCUCACCAACGUUGUCUUCCGGCUCGAGGGUUCCGGGUUGCAGAGACCCAAGACCCUCAACGCUGGGGACAUUGAGGGCAACAAGAGAGUGACACUGCGCCAGACGUUCAUGCCUGUGAGACCAGGCUCCCGCCAGCUCAUCGCCAGCUUGGACAGCCCACAGCUCUCCCAGGUUCAUGGGGUCAUCCAGGUGGAUGUGGCCCCGGUCGCUGGUGGCAGGGGCUCCUCAGAUACUAGAGGCAACGGUAGCUCAGAGGAGACCAUCCCUAUUGCAUCUUGAGGUGGGGCUUAGCCCUGGGCCAGGAGCAAUGCGAGUGGAGUCAGAUGAGCAAGGGCAUUGCCUCAAGACAGGGGCCCGCUGCAGAGCAGUUCCCCAGGGCCUCAGGUGGGGAGACCGGGACAUCUGGGGAGGAACCGAUCUCAUUUGCACAGAUGCUAAUAAACUGUUUUACAAUGAA